AUGGACACCUCGCACCCCUUGGAAUGCAAUCUCACACCCCCAGGGGAGCACCUCUGUUCAUUUCGAGGGCCCAAGAACUGGGAGUUCCUGAUUCGCCUGCUAGCAAACCCGCGUUCGAACCCUUCCUUGAUCCGCUGGGAAGACGAAGACACGGCCACCUUCCGCUUGGUUCAGCCCUACGCCAUCGUCAAACUCUGGGCCUCGCGCACCAAAGCCGCUCUGCCUAUGAGUUAUAAUAACUUUGCUAGAGGAUUGAGGUAUCACUACAAAACAGGCGCUUUGGAAUCCGUGUCGGAGAAGCAGCUGGUUUACCGUUGUGGACCCUUAGCCCUAAGAUUCCUCCGUGAUCUGAAAUUAAGGUCUUCCUAA